GGCUCUGAUUAGUUUACUUAGGGUGGCGGCGUUCCCGCCACCGCCCCCUAUUCUACUGCGCCAAGACUGCGACCAAAAGUUUGAUGUCUGCAGACUUUACAUCAAUAAAUACCCGCAACGCCGAUUCAACACCUCAAGACGGCAACUCCAAACUAACAUGGCAGUCAGACUGUGCGAUGUGGCUUCUCUGCUUAGAAGUGGUUCGUGGGCACCUGAGCCUUGGACUGGGCAGGUAAUUGCUGCCAUGGAAACACAGCUGUCCAAUGGGCCAACUUGCAACAACACGAGCAACGGUCCUUCAACAAUCUCAAACAACUGCUCCUCACCUGUAGAGUCAGGGAGCAUAGAGGACAGUAAAACUAACUUGAUAGUCAACUACCUGCCUCAGAACAUGACCCAAGAGGAGCUCAAGAGUUUGUUUGGGAGCAUCGGAGAAAUUGAGUCCUGUAAACUAGUUCGAGACAAAAUAACAGGGCAGAGCCUAGGCUAUGGAUUUGUGAAUUACGUUGACCCGAAGGACGCAGAAAAAGCCAUCAAUACUUUAAAUGGCUUGAGACUUCAGACCAAAACCAUUAAGGUUUCCUAUGCGCGUCCAAGCUCCGCUUCCAUCAGAGAUGCAAAUUUAUACGUCAGUGGUUUGCCAAAGACCAUGACUCAGAAAGAACUGGAGCAGCUCUUUUCUCAGUAUGGACGCAUCAUUACCUCACGCAUUCUGGUGGACCAGGUGACCGGUGUUUCCAGAGGGGUUGGCUUUAUUCGUUUUGACCGGCGAGUUGAGGCUGAGGAGGCCAUCAAGGGUCUGAACUGUCAGAAGCCGCCUGGUGCCACGGAACCCAUUACAGUCAAGUUUGCAAACAACCCAAGCCAGAAGACCAGCCAGGCACUGCUGUCCCAGCUGUAUCAGUCACCCAAUCGAAGGUACCCAGGACCCCUCGCACAGCAGGCACAACGCUUCAGGUUGGACAAUCUGCUGAACAUGGCCUAUGGAGUCAAAAGCAGGUUCUCCCCCAUGGCCAUUGACGGGGUGACCAGCUUGGCUGGCAUCAACAUCCCGGGGCACGCAGGCACUGGCUGGUGUAUCUUCGUCUACAACCUGGCUCCAGAUGCAGAUGAAAGCAUCCUUUGGCAGAUGUUUGGGCCGUUCGGUGCUGUCACAAAUGUCAAAGUUAUUCGCGACUUCAACACAAACAAGUGCAAAGGAUUUGGUUUUGUCACCAUGACUAACUACGACGAGGCAGCCGUGGCCAUCGCCAGCUUGAAUGGAUAUCGCCUUGGGGACCGAGUGCUGCAAGUCUCGUUCAAAACCAACAAAACACACAAAGCCUAAAUACCCACUGAGAUUGUUUCUAGAAAACUCAGCAGAAAAUGGAAACAGAAAAUGGAAACGUACCGACCGUAACUUUCUACAUUAGUAAAAACAGCUUUGUAAAUCAGUGUUACGAAGAAAAACAAUAUUUAGCGUCCAACAAUGUGAUUUUUUUUUUUCUUCUUUUUCCUUGCUACGCUCUGAAUCUUCUCAAUAUACUUUAAGAAAAAAAUACUGCAGGUUUUAAUGCCUGUGAUGUUGAAUUCUCUUGCUGUCUUUACAGAUGGACCAUCUAAAACGUUACUAUAGGUUUUGUCAUUUUGUUGCACAUCUGCUUUGAAACAGUAAGUCUUGUAAGGUUAUGUGUAGUGAUUUUCUUUGUAUUUUUCUGUGUCCUGAUUUGCCUUAGGUGCGUUAUGCCUUCAGUGGUUAGCAAGUACUUAUUUUGAUCUGUUUGCGGUUUUGUUGAUUUUGCAGGUAUUCCGUUUAUUGUAAUAUGAGUUGGUUAUUGGUUGGCUGCAUAAUGUUGCUUAUUGUAAACUUAACGGAUAAAAGACAAAAAAAAAAUUCUUAAAGCAGUACCUUGCCAAAGAGCUAAGAACCUCUUUGAUGUGGGUUUAAAAAGCAUCUAUUUUUAUAAAAAGAAAAAUUUGGAGAAACUUUUUACUGGACCUGGAACAAAAUAUUUUGACUUGGAUACUUUGAGAAAUAUCUUCAUAUGACACCUUGUGAGCUUUUGAACUUUACAAGAAAGUUUGCAGUGGUUGAAAUUUCUGGAGAGAUUUAUGAUGUAAAAGAUACCUUUUGAGAUCUUUGUAUUAUCUUUAGAUUAUAGAAUCAAUGGCAGUGCUGGUUUCAUUUGUAAAAUCAUCUGUGGGUCCCCCUGUCAUCCUGGUUGUUACCACUAGCAACUCGCUUUCCGAUUUGAUUUGGAAACGGACAAAAAUACAAAGGUUUAUUCGCAAAAAGUGCAUGCAAAAUUAUAAAGUGGAGAUAUACAUUAAAAGGUAAAUGGGGGAUAAAAAUCAGUUCUUCCUAAAGGAUUCCCUUCUGAUGGAGCUCAUGGUGUUUUGUGGUGUACCUACGAUAUAUCAUUAGACUGAUUUUGUCUUAAUAUCAACCAAUAAGGGUUUUUACAUACUUUGUAUGAAAGAAUGAGGACAAGCCCAUGAAGGCAGCAGCUUAAGAAAAACUAGUCUGAAGAAUAAGAACGGAUUACUCCUGAGCUUUGAGCUAUGUAAAUAAGUCCUUUUUUUUUAUGUUCAGUAUUUGGCAGACUUGUUUUGUUCUAGGUUUGACUUCAUUGGAAAGUGUGAGUAUAUAUUUUUUUUUUCCUUUUAUGGAGUAUGUAAGGUAUUUUCAUUUGGAUAUUAACCUUUUAAUUUCAGUUUACCUUUAGUUGGAAAAACUUGAUUUGUUGUCCCAUGGACUAGCAUUACAGUGCAUCAAAUUUGUUGGUUGUUUGGUCUGUAGAUAGUCUUGCUUCGUAUAAAAAAAAAAAGGUAUUAAGAAACUAUAGACAUUUGUUUUUGUUUUUUAUAUAACAUUAUAGAUAUAUAUUUAUGUGGUAAAGAAUGGAUAUAAACCACAGUUUUGAACAAUUUGAUUUUUUUUCUUUCUUACUCAUAUAUAUAUAAAUAUAAAAUAUAUAUAUAUAUAUAUAUAUAUAUAUACAUAUAUAUAUAUAUACGUAAUGCAUAUAACCUGUCUUUAAAAUCGUAAAAAGGUGUAUAUUGCUUUAUUCACUUCAGGGGAAGGUCAGUGAAGCAGUUCCAUUAACAAUAGCAAAAUUGGUUGCAGGAGUUUGUUGAACAACAUCUAACUUAUCUUGAACAAACAAAUGGAGGCUGUUCAAGCCUUAAAUGCACUGAAUACUGCACCUGCAUCCUGCUUGGUAUUAAAACCAAUUACUAGUCAUGCUUCCCCUUAAAUGAGCAGUGUGCUAUGCAUUAUAUAAUUAUCUUUGCAACUGCUUUUUCUUGUUUAUCUAUUCCUUCUUUGUGUUAUUUGUAACAGUUAAACUUUAAGUCUAGAUGAGUUGUGAUACUUGCUGCUGUGGGGUAGAGAUUACAUUUUUCAUGCCUGACCUGUCAUUCUUGAAAAUAACUUUCUUUUUUGUAACUUCAUGUUGAUUUGGUCUUGACAAAUUGUGCUGAUGGUCCGACAUGAAAAAAUGUUCCCUCCCACCCCUCUUAUCUCAAUUCUUAAUAUGAGAAUGAUUAUUUAUUUGAAGUUGUAUAGUCUGACUUGGUUCACAGCGUUUUUGGAAUAGAAUAUCUUUUGUUGAGUAUUUAAAAGGAUGUACAUGUUCUUUUCUUUGUGUUUGGAUACUUUGGAUUUUUUCCAUGUUCAGUACAUCAAUAAAUAAGUUGAAGGGCAA